GUACUGUAUUACUAUAAAGAGAAGUUUUUAUCCUUUUGGGAGCUUCAGUCACAUAAUAUAAUCACAUAUACAUACAUGUAUAUAAAUAUAUAUUGGUGUAGAGAGGUCAUAACUUCAUAAGUGGUUCUCAUUAUCUGGUUUUCUCAUCUUUUUUGGGUUGAAAAUGGCGAAGUUGUUAGCCUUUGUAGUGAUGUUUAGUCUCUGCUUUCUUCCACUCAUUCAUGGAGGAAGAAAGAUUCCAACAAGAACCCAAGAUGGGUUUGAGGAAUGGGGUUAUGUUGAAGUCAGACCCAAAGCCCACAUGUUCUGGUGGCUUUACAAGAGUCCUUAUAGAGUUGAAGAUCCCUCUAAGCCUUGGCCUAUUGUACUCUGGCUUCAAGGAGGACCUGGAGCUUCAGGAGUUGGAAUUGGGAAUUUUGAAGAGGUUGGACCAUUAGACACAGGCUUGAAGCCAAGGAAUUUAACUUGGUUACAAAAAGCAGAUCUCUUGUUUGUUGACAAUCCAGUUGGAACAGGAUACAGUUUUGUGGAGGACACAAAGUUGUUUGUAAAAAGUGAUUUAGAAGCAGCAGAUGAUCUGACCACAUUGUUGGAGAAGCUCUUUAAUGGAGAUGAGAAACUUCAAAAGAGUCCUCUUUUCAUUGUUGCUCAGUCUUAUGGAGGAAAAUUUGCUGUUACUCUUGCUUUAUCAGCUCUAAAAGCUAUUGAAGCUGGGAAAUUGAAACUUAAACUUGGAGGAGUUGCAUUAGGAGACACUUGGAUAUCUCCUGAAGAUUUUGUGUUUUCAUGGGGUCCUCUUCUCAAAGAUGUCUCAAGACUUGAUGACAAUGGAUUGAAGCAAUCACAAAGUUUGGCUGAGAAGAUUAGGCAACAAAUUCAGCAGGGUCAGUAUGAGGAAGCAACUGAUUCAUGGGGUGAACUUGAAGAGGUUAUAUACGCCAACAGCAAUGGAGUGGACUUUUAUAACUUCCUAUUGGAUUCAGAAAUGGACUCAGUCUCAUCAUCAACAACAGUACUUAAAUUGCCAAAAGAGAGUGUAACAAAGAGACACUCAAGAUAUCUUAGUGUAUUCAGAUCUACACCUACACCUGGUGGUGAUGAUGAUCUUGAUGAUUUGAUGAAUGGUGCCAUUAAAAAGAAGCUUAAGAUUAUCCCAGAAAAUGUAACGUGGGGAGGCCAAGCUAAAGGCGUGUUUUUUGCUAUGCAAGGAGAUUUUAUGAGACCAAGGAUUGAUGAGGUUGAUCAACUCCUUGCUAAAGGGGUCAAUGUGACUAUAUACAGUGGGCAACUUGAUCUCAUUUGUGCAACCAAGGGAACUGAAGCUUGGGUUAAGAAGCUCAAGUGGGAAGGACUCCAAACAUUUUUGAGCAAGGAUAGAACUCCUCUGUAUUGUGGGAAAGGAGGCCCAACCAAAGGGUUCACGUCUUCACACCAAAACUUCCACUUCUAUUGGAUUCUUGGAGCAGGACACGAUGUACCUGCUGAUCAACCAUGUGUAGCUUUAGACAUGUUAGGUCAUAUUACAAACUCUCCAAGGUAGAUGCCAUGGAUAAUGUAAUCAAAAUAAAUGGGAGAUUUCAUCAAAAAUAAAUAUAUUAACAAUUGGGACAUUUGAAAGAUAAGAAUUUAUUAUUAUUAUUAUUGUUGUUGUUGUUGUUGUUGUUGUUGUUUUUCCUCAUUGAUGAAAUAUAGUUGAAAGAAGGAAGCAAAUCAUUUUCUAUUUUCCACUA